AUGGGAAAUUCGUUGUAUCAGCCGUUGCAGGAAAGAGCAGAUGAUGAUCUACAGGCGGAGGAGCCCGGAUCCAAAUCUCCGAAUAGAAAUCUGGCCAUUUUACGAAUGUUGAAGAAAUACGCCCAAUUCAUAGGGCCUGGGUUGAUGGUGUCUGUCUCGUAUAUGGAUCCUGGUAAUUACAGUACUGCAGUGGCAGCGGGUUCUGCUCAUCGCUACAAGUUACUGUUUUCUGUGCUGGUAUCCAACUUCAUGGCAGCGUUUUGGCAAUGUCUGUGUGCCAGACUGGGAGCUGUCACCGGGUUGGAUUUGGCUCAGAAUUGCAGGAAGCAUCUGCCACACGGGCUCAAUGUGGCGCUGUAUAUCCUUGCGGAGACUGCCAUCAUAGCGACCGAUUUGGCCGAAGUGAUCGGAACGGCAAUCUCCCUGAAUAUUCUCUUUGGCCUGCCGCUGGCGCUCGGGGUGGUUCUUACCGUUGGGGACGUCCUGAUUGUGCUUAUGGCGUACAGAACCAACGGAUCUCUGAAGCUCGUAAGGUGUUUUGAGAUGUUUGUCGCUGCGCUAGUCGCAGCUACGGUCGUUUGCUUCACCAUCGAGCUCUUCUACGCCGAUUUGGGGAGCGCCAGAGAGGUGUUCAGCGGUUUUUUACCCAGUAGGGCAGCCAUCGAGGGAGACGGACUGUACUUGAGUUUGGCUAUCCUGGGUGCCACGGUUAUGCCGCAUUCGUUGUUCCUGGGAUCUGGCGUGGUGCAACCACGUCUGAGAGAUUUCGACAUGAAGAAUGGCUACUACGUCCCGGAUGAAGAUGACAUCGAUAACAAUCAUGAAAACUACAGGCCGUCCAUCGCGGCAAUCGAGUCCACUCUCAGCUACACGAUGGCAGAACUACUAAUUUCUCUCUUCACAGUGGCCUUGUUCGUCAAUUGCGCCAUCCUAAUCGUUUCCGGCGCCACCCUCUACGGGGCCACUGACACUACAGGCUCCGGCGAGGCAGACUUGUUCUCCAUCUACAACCUGCUGUCUCAGUCGCUGUCCAAGACCGCGGGCACCAUCUUCGUCCUGGCUCUGCUGUUCUCAGGCCAAAGCGCGGGGAUAGUAUGCACCCUGAGCGGGCAGAUGGUCAGCGAAGGGUUUCUAAACUGGACGAUCUCGCCAAGUAUCAGAAGAAGUGCCACAAGAGCCGUGGCUAUCACGCCAUGCUUAAUUCUCGUACUGGUUGCCGGAAGAAACGGGCUCAGUGGCGCACUGAACGCCUCCCAAGUGGUUCUCUCGCUCCUACUACCUUUCGUUUCGGCCCCGCUACUCUACUUCACCAGCAGCAGCAAGAUCAUGAGUGCCAGGAUAACGCCGGACAACGACAAUUACGAGCUGCAAGAUCUGAGCGAGGCAGAGCCCCAGAGGCCAGCUGAACACGAGCAAGAAGUCGUCCGCUACAAAGACAUGAGCAACGGCAUUGUCACAAAGGUCCUUGCCCUCCUCACAUGGCUUGUCAUCUCAGGCCUUAACUUCUACAUGUUGAUCAGCUUUUCCAGCGGCCAGGACGUCCAUCUAUAA